AUUUUUUGUUUAACGAACCAAAAAAAAUCAUGUUAAAUUGGGAAUAACAUGCAAGAUUUUGAUUAGUGUGUGGAGGAAGAACAUAAAAUGCAAGCUAUAAAGGAAAAAGCAUCCAAUGCAGCGGCUUCAGCCAAAUCUGGGUUGGAAAAGGUCAAAGCCACCGUCGAAGACAAGUUGGUGAAAACGAAAGGUAAUAAUAGUAAUGACGCUAAGCAGGAAGAAACGGUGAGCCAAAAGAAAGAGGUGAGGAUGGAGCAGGCGGAACUCGAUGAAGAAGAGGCACGCCUACACAAUGCUGUGACCAAGCAUAUGGGAGGAGACGGUGGAUUCACGGCUGCAGGUACUGAUCUUAACUCUCAAGGUGGGUGGAUUCCCAUCUAUCCAACCGCUGCACAUUACAAUGGAGGUCGCAGUUUUUCUCUCAAGUAGUAGUCUUCAUUAUGUAAUGUCAGUAUCUUGAUUUUGUGUCACCAUGGUACUUGAAUUGAUUUUGUGUUAAAUAUAUUUUCAACCACUUGUUGAGUUAAUUUAUGUAUUCUUUUUUUUUUCUUUUAAA